GUUAAGAUCGCCCAGGCCUCUGCAACGCAACGCCCCACUGCCACCCCCAAGUGCGGCUCUUGCAACAGCUGUCACCGCCGGCGCCAGCGGGACCUAAUCCAGCCCGGGCCGAGGUCACAGCGGAGGAGCGAUGUCCCACCGCAGUCCCGGCAGGAGCCUCGGGCCGCCCGCGCCGCCGCCGCCGCCGCUGCCGCUGCUGCUGCUGCUGCCGUUGUUACUGCAGCUUUCCUGGGCAGCCGCCCUGGAGCCUACAUCAACAGGAGUCUACUAUGCAACCGCAUACUGGCUACCUGAUUCGAAGACAGUGGAAAUCAAGAAUGUACUGGACAAGAGUGGGGAUGCCUACGGCUACUACAAUGACUCCAUUAGAACCACAGGCUGGGGCAUCCUGGAGAUUAAAGCUGGGUAUGGCUCUCAGGUCCUGAGCAAUUCCAUCAUCAUGUUUCUGGCUGGCUACCUGGAGGGCUACCUCACUGCUCUACACAUGUAUGACCACUUCACAAACCUGUACCCACAGCUGAUCAAGGACCCUUCCAUCAUGGACAAAGUGAAGAACUUCAUGGAUAAGCAAGAUACGUGGACUCGGAAAAACAUCAAAGAACAGACGGAUGACCCGUUUUGGAGACACACCGGCUAUGUUGUGGCACAGCUGGACGGGCUGUAUGUCGGAGCCCUGAAAAGAGCUACAGUGGAAAACGUAAAGCCCUUGACGAUGUCCCAAGUUCAGUUUCUGAAUGCCGUUGGCGACCUGCUGGACCUCAUCCCCUCGCUAUCUCCCACAAAAGACGACAGCAUGAAGGUGUUUAAGAGAUGGGAUAUGGGCCACUGCUCUGCUCUUAUUAAGGUCCUUCCUGGAUUUGAGGACAUCUACUUUGCCCACUCGAGCUGGUACACAUAUGCAGCCAUGCUCAGGAUCUACAAACACUGGGACUUCAGCAUAAAGGACAAAGACACCAAAAGCAGCCGGCACUCCUUCAGCAGCUACCCAGGGUUCUUGGAGUCUCUGGAUGACUUUUACAUUCUUAGCAGUGGCUUGAUACUGCUACAGACCACCAACAGUGUAUAUAAUAAAACCCUGCUGAAGUUUGUGGAACCUGAGACUCUCCUGGCCUGGCAAAGAGUCCGUGUGGCCAACAUGAUGGCAGACAGUGGUAAGGACUGGGCAGAGAUCUUUUCAAAGCACAACUCUGGUACCUACAACAAUCAGUAUAUGGUCCUGGACUUGAAGAAGGUUCAUAUCAAAAAGCGCCUUGAUGAAGGCACUCUGUAUAUCGUGGAGCAAAUUCCUACAUACGUAGAAUAUUCGGAACAAACCAAUGUUCUAAGAAAAGGAUACUGGCCUUCCUACAAUAUCCCUUUCCAUGAGAAAAUCUACAACUGGAGUGGCUAUCCGCUGCUGGUUAAGAAGCUGGGUUUGGACUACUCUUAUGACUUAGCUCCCCGAGCCAAAAUCUUCAGGCGCGACCAAGGGAAAGUGACUGAUAUGGCUUCCAUGAAAUAUAUCAUGCGAUACAACAAUUAUAAGGAGGACCCCUACAGUAAGGGUGAUCCCUGCAAUACCAUAUGCUGUCGUGAGGACCUGAAUGAAGCCAGUCCAAGCCCUGGAGGUUGCUAUGACACCAAGGUGGCAGACAUCUUCCUUGCAUUUCAGUAUACAGCCUAUGCCAUUAGUGGUCCCACGGUACAAGAUGGUCUCCCCGCUUUUGACUGGAAUCGGUUUAACAAAACUCUUCAUGAAGGGAUGCCAGACAUCUAUAACUUUGAUUUUGUUACCAUGAAACCAAUUUUGACAGAGGACAUAAAGUGAAGGAUGAGGAGGAAAAAGAAAGCUGCGAAUAAGACUCCAAAGGCACUAUUUUAGCUAUAUUUUCCCAUCUGUACUCUUAAUAAAGAAAUAUUAA